AUGAGGGAAAAGGCCUCCGACCCGCAAACGACCGAGUUACCACCCACCACUUAUACCCCUCCAGCAGAGAACGAUGAUGAGAGCAGGUCCCCUCGCAACUGGAGUCCAUGGAAGAAACGCUUGUUGUUUAUAUCUCUCAUGUCCAGUUCGAUCCUUGCAGAUGGAGGAAUGGUCUGGGGCGCAACCCUGAUCGUCGAACAGGCGUUAGACUGGGGCAUCACCGUCGACAAGGCGGCUACCACAAUGAACUACGGGCUGCUCCUGCAGGGGAUCGGUGGGUUGAUGGCGAUUCCUCUUAUCGAGGCUUAUGGACGCCUCCCUGUCUGGCUCUGGCCGCAAUUCAUCACCACUUUUAUGGUGCUUGGUGCGACAUUGUCCAAUGACUACAAAACGUUUACGGCCUUUCGGUCCCUUCAGGGCUUGUUCGGGACCGUGCCUCAGGUCGUUGGUCUGCCGAUUAUCCAUGAUAUGUAUGAUCCUAAAGGCUUAACUGGUCACAGGGGUACCACAUUCUUGAUUGGACCUUUCCUUGGCCCCGCGAUAGCGGGAUACAUCAGCGCAGGAAGCAAUUGGAAAGUUUCAUUCGGCAUGCUGACCCUCUUUUACGGACUGUCGACGAUCCUCAUCUUCCUAUUCGGACACGAAACUUACUUCGUGAAGGGCCGACAGUGUCAGUGCAACACCCGCUUCCAGGCGAUUUUUGGCAUCAAGAGCCAUAAUCUCCCUGUCUUUUCCACAGUAGCUCUCUGGACGAAGACGCUUGUGGUCUAUAUCUUCAAGUUUCCGCUGCUUCUGACUGGCAUUGCCACUAUGGUCAACUUCUGCUGGCCUAUUGGAAUAACCGUAACCGUAUCCACAUUUGUUGCCCAGCCACCUUACCUAUUUGACACUAUUCAAUCAUCUUCUCUUCGAUGGGCUCCUAUUCUCGGUGGUCUGACAGGCUUCAGUUUCGGCUACUUCUUCAACAACUGGAUCUACCGGUCCCGCCAGGAGAAUUGGCGACCUGAGUAUCGCCUCCACGGCGUCUGGUUUGCGAUCGGUACAAUGGCCGCGGGCCUUCUGACCUAUGGGCUGACGCUUCAUUUCCAUAAACACUGGAUUGGACUUGCAUUCGGUUGGGGAAUGGUUGUUGCCGGGAUGAUCGCUAGUACUGUGUCUAUAACAUCUUACGCUCUUGAUAAAUACCCCGACCAAUCGACCGUAGUCUCGGCGAUCAUUAACGGGUGGAGAACAGCGAGUGGGUUCUCUGUAGGCUAUUUUCAGCCUACGUGGAUCGCCAAGAAUGGCCUUGCUGCAGUUUUUGCAACGCAGGCAGGUGUGGUAGUCGCUGUCUUGGUUCUAACCAUCACGCCGGUGAUUGUUAUCGAGGGGAAGAGGGCAAGGGGCGAAGGGACAAUUAACAGCAGUAUCUAA